GAAAUCAUGGUUAUGCUGAAGAUUUCGUCUUUCCUUGCUGUUUAUGCCUUGGUUGUGUGCCAGAUGGAUAGCUUCCAGGCAGCCCCAGUCAGACCUGGCUUGGAGUCCAUAACAGAUCGAGUGACGCUCAGUGAUUACGAAGCUUGGAGGUUAUUAAAUGCGCUGGUGAAAGAGUUCGUACAGAUGACAGCAGAAGAGCUGGACCCAGCCUCGGAGGGGAACAGCAGCGUAACAGCCCAGAAGAGGGCAUGCAACACAGCAACCUGCGUGACCCAUCGUCUGGCAGACUUCCUGAGCAGGUCAGGAGGAGUGGGCAAGAACAACUUCGUGCCAACCAACGUGGGAUCCAAGGCCUUUGGCAGGCGAAGAAGAAGCCUUCAAAUAUAAGAAACUGAAUGACAAUGUGAAUGAUUGCCAUGAAAUGGAAAGUUCAACUUUAAUUUAUAACAGAAGCAACUCUUCUCCAUAAACCAAGAUGGCCAAAAAGAAGAUUAAUUUUGCAUCCUAAUAUUGAAAAUGUUUUAUUUCAUACAAAUGAAAACAUUUCUGUUAUGUAUAGUACAAGAGAAUCUAGUUAUUAAAAUUAAAUUAUUGUAUAUUCUUUUUAUAUGCAACUAUAUUUCAAAUAAAAUGUGACAGCAUCUAUUAUUUAUUUAUCUUCCAGCUUAUAUGUGAUCCAUGCUACUUAUCCUGGCAUUACUGCCAAAACUCGGGGAUUAUACAAAACUGCUGCCUGGCAAGGCAUAUGUAUAUUACACAGCGUGCUGUGCCUUGAUGUAAAACACUUAACUAACCUGAUUGUACAGUAUGUUUGAAGGAAAAAAAAAAAAAAACCCACCAAACCCACACUUCAAUAUUUUAUCAUUUGUGAAUUUACGCAGAAUUAAAAAAAGUAUUUUAGAUACA